AGCAACUGCCUGCACGUGGUGGAGCCGAUGCCGGUGCCCGGGAACGACGUGGAGGCCUAUUGCCUGCUCUGUGAGUGCAAGUACGAGGAGCGCAGCACCACCACCAUCAAGGUGAUCAUCAUCGUUUACUUGUCUGUGGUGGGGGCACUGCUGCUUUACAUGGCUUUCCUUGUGCUGGUGGACCCUCUGAUCAGGAAGCCAGAUGCUUACACCCAGCCCCUGCACAACGAGGAGGAGAAUGAGGACGCUCGCUCCUCGGGCACAGCACCCACCCUGCCUGGUGCCAGGGCCAACACGGUGCUGGAGAGGGUGGAGGGUGCCCAGCAGCGCUGGAAGCGGCAGGUGCAGGAGCAGAGGAAGACCGUGUUCGACCGCCACAAGAUGCUGAGAUAG